GAGUGCCUUAGGUGAGUGGUUGGGGCAGCAGGCUCUGGAGUGGACUUGCCGGAGUUUGAUUUGGCUUUGCCACUUUCCUGUGUGUGGCCUUGGCAGAGUUCUGCACCUCUCGGAGCCUCAGUUUACUCAUCUAAAACAUGGGUCAUAAUGAUAUCUAUAAAAGAGAGUCAUUGUGAGGAUUUCAGUAGCACAGUAAGAAAAUCCCAUGGACUUAGGAAGUGCUUUAAAAACAUUAGGUUUUAUUAUUAGCUCAUAGAGGCCUUAUAAAAAGUGUAACAAAACACCCAUUAUAUAUCAGUUUUGGGGCAUAGUAGCUCCAUGACGACUCUCUUAGAUAAUUUAGUCAAAUUAGCUAAACUAUUUGACUUGUAUAUUGAAUUUUUGUUUCUUCCUCAUUUGGAUACUGAGAAAUUGCUACCAAAGAUGACAACUUCUGGAGAGCUUGAUUGUAAACCCUCUUUUCCCUGCCACAGUUAAACACCAAGAGCAAAUGUGAGCUGAAUCGAUGCCUUGUCUGUGACGAUGGAACCAUGGCAUCAGUCUGAAGGGAACUUCCCCUCUGUCUUCCGAGAAGCAUAUGUGUGGGUCGCUCAGUUGCUUGCAAACUUCUAGCCCUGAAAACAUCACUUCCAGUGUCUGGCCAGAGGUACAGGGAAAGACAGAUUUGACCUUUCAGGCACAAGAAAGAGCAAGACUUGCCCCAGACAAUGGCGACCACACCUGGUCUCCAGCCUCCACCACCCCUGGAGCAAGACGAGAUCCUGAUCGUGAAGGUGGAGGAGGAUUUCUGCUGGGAAGAGGAGCCUUCCCUGGAGACGGAAGACCCCAGCCCUGAGACCUUCCGCCAGCUCUUCAGGCUCUUUUGUUACCAGGAGGUGGCCGGACCACGGGAGGCCCUGAGCCGCCUUUGGGAGCUCUGCUGCCGCUGGCUGCGGCCUGAGUUGCGCACCAAAGAGCAGAUCCUGGAGCUGCUGGUGCUGGAGCAGUUCCUGAUGGUGCUGCCUGGGGAGAUCCAGGCCCGGGUGCGGGAGCAGCAGCCGGAGAGUGGUGAGGAGGCCGUGGUCCUCGUGGAAGGGCUGCAGCGGGAGCCCAGGAAGCAGAGGCAGCGGGGCCUGGAAGUGCUCCCUGAUGAUGUACUGCCCCACGGGACAGGAGAACAGUGCUUGAAACACCAAGUGGAGGCUGAGCCAGAGGAGCUGUCUCUGGAGGAAGGGUCUGGAUGCUCCAGCCAGCAGCCCCCAACCCAACUGAGCCACACACCAAAGAGGAGCCCCCAGCUCUGGCCAAAGAGGGGCCCGGUGGCCUCCCAGCAUCAGGAGACGGCACCGGCCACAUCCUUCGUUUCAUCCUGGUCCCAGCAGGUGCCGGUGACCUUGGAGGACGUGGCGGCAUACCUGUCCCAGGAGGAGUGGGAGUGCCUGGACCCGGCUCAGCGGGGCUGCGUCUGGGAUGUGCUGCCCGACAGCGGGGGGCUUGGGCUGCAACUUGAGGAUGGAGAGGGCGCCAGGCAGGACGUGCUGACGAGAAGGGAGCAGGACCGAGAGCUGGUUGGGGGCAUGACCAGGCCUGAGCAGUCUCUGGAAAGAGGAGGACCCCGGCGGAGUGAGAAGCCGUACGCGUGCCCUGAGUGCGGCAAAGGCUUCAGUAAGACGUCCCACUUGACCAAGCACCAGCGCACACACACCGGGGAGCGGCCCUACAAGUGUCAGGUGUGCGGGAAGGGCUUCAGUGACCGCUCCAACUUCAGCACGCACCAGCGGGUGCACACGGGCGAGAAGCCCUAUGCGUGCGCGGAGUGCGGGAAGCGCUUCAGCCAGAGCUCCAGCCUGGUCAUCCACCGCAGGACACACACUGGCGAGCGGCCCUACGCCUGUGCCGAGUGUGGGAAGCGCUUCAGCAACAGCUCCCACUUCAGUGCACACCGGAGAACGCACGCAGCUGAGAAGCCCUUCGUGUGCCCGGCCUGUGGCAGGGGCUUCCGCCGGGGCACCGACCUCCACAAACACCAGUGGACCCACAGCAGAGAGCAGCGCCCCCCAGGCCAGCGGAGCCCCACAGCACGGCUCCAGGAGGCCCCUGGGCCAAAGCCUGGCCGCCACUCAUUGAACUGUCCAUUUCCGGGAUCCGUUUCAGAAUUUCGAGGUCACAGUUCAUGAAGCUGCUGGAGCUGUUUCUGUUUUGGAACCAAAAUCCUAACCUUAAGGCAUUUCACACUGAUCCCAUUUGCCCCUGGUGUGGGUCCAGCUUGUGGCGGUGGGACAUUUCAGGUGCUCAGGCCCAGGGAGGAAUCUGGACACGGAGUUUCGGCAGUGACGGCUAGAUACCAAGCCGGGUGUACGUGGGUCCUGGGGCUGCUGUACAAAUGGCCACGACCCGGGUGGCUCAACACCACAGGGACAGACUGUCACAGUUCAGGAGGCCAGAAGUCCAAAACCAAGAUGUAGGCAAGGCUGCCUCCUUCUGGAGGCCCGGACGGAGAGACCAUCCCAGGCCUCUCUCCUGGCUUCUGCUGUUGCUGGUGUUCCUGGUGUCCUUGGCUUGUGGCCACAACACUCCCAUCUCUGCCUCUCCCGUGUCUCUGGUGUCCUCUUGUAAGGGCACAGUCAUUCCAUUUAGGGCGCCUAAUCCUGAAUGACAGCAUCUUAACUAAUUACAUCUGCAAAGACCCUGUUUCCAAAUCAGGGCACAUUCUGAGGUUCUGGAUGGACAUGAAGUUGGGGGACACUCAUCUGUCCACUUCAGGGAAACCUCAGUGGCUCCCAUUCCUUACUGCAUUAACAUACCCCAGCCUUCCCUGGUCUCCCCCCUUUCCCCUCCAGCCUUGCCACAUUUUCAAAACAUAGCCUGUGGGGACUUGUUCCGUAUCCCAGUGGUGUCAGCGGGCAGUGGGAUGAGUUGGGGGUCACCUGCCUAGAGCCACAGCUGUUCUAAAGGACAGAUGACUCAUGUGAGUACACUUCCCUGAUAGCCCAUCUUCCGACCUCCGCAGGCAUGUGAGGAUGCCUGUGGAGAUGACUGACAUCUGUCCCCCCAGCAGGAGCCAGGGCCGCCUUUGCUCCAUCCCCAAGUGGCCAGGACAGAGGCAGCGUUGGUUGCCCCACUUUGUCCCUCUGCGGUGGACAUGCUUCUGAUCUGUGCACAUCCACUAUCUCCUGGGUGGCUGAGGGGAACAGUAUAGAGUACUUGUUCCAUUUAGUCAUCACUGAAGUCUUGGGGGCAGCUGCUGAAACCACUGGGUUCCGGAACAUUCCACGCAGGGAGUAUGGCAGUUUCCCAUGGCUGGGUGGCCUUGGACCUCAGGCUGUGCUCCAUUCUAUUUGUCACCCAAUAACUGUAUAUAUUUUCACCUUCCAGCAUAACCCAGGUUCCAGGGUGCAUGACCUACUCUCUGUUUCCCUAAUAAACAAAGCGGGUCCUUCUGGC